GCCGACCUUCAGGGCUUCUAUGACCCCUGUGCGGGCCUGACAACAGCCUCUGCGGACGGCCUCAUACCAAUGACGCGGCGGCUGCUGUUUGUUGCCUACUCCUUCAAUGGCCUCCCUCAUGAAGUUGUGGUCGACGAGACACAGGGUCUCGCCAUACCGAUGGCCAAACACCGUGUAGACGUAAUCGCGCAUUAG